AUGACUGGAGCAAAUAUUCAAGUUAAAAUGCUCAUUGACUUAUGCAACUGUUUUGCUAAACAACUCACCAUUGCUACAUUCUCAAAUAUUGCAGUUAGUUCAUAUCUAAAUAAAAACAUACAAAUAGCUGUUAUUGGAUGGUCAAAAAUAUCAUCUUGGUCUGUUUCAGCUGGGUUUGGUCACUUUACUUCAUCAAGCAUAUUCAAUACAUCAGAUUUUAAAGUAUCACAAUCUGGGAUAUACCAAGUGUUUACUACAAUAACUUUUUCUGGUGCUCAAAAUGGUGUUUUUAAAGUAGCAUUAGUUAGUAAUAAUGACUUAGUUAACAGUCACCCUGGCCUUUCCAGCUCUUUUCAAGAUUCAGUUGGAUACAAAAGUUUAUCAGUAUAUGGAACAACUCGCUUGUUCUCUGGUGAUGUUGUAUCAGUUUAUGUAUUUUCUGAGUUAGACCAAAGUUGGAUAAUUCGGGGAGGUUCUGAAUCAACAUUUUGUAUACAAUUUGUUAGCUUUUACAACCAAGCUCCUGGUUUUUCUUCAUAUUUGACUCAAGAAUAUUACAUAGAAAACAAUGAUUGGAGUAGUAUUUUAAAAUGGAAUGCUAAAGGUAAGCCUGGCUUGUUUAAGAGCAGAACUGGGUUUUCUCAAGAUGUUGGAAAGUUUGUAUCUAUUUGUGAUGGUAUUUAUCAGUUUUCAGCAAAUAUUCUAAUUUCUGCUUCUAAGAGUGGUCAUUAUGAUAUUGGUAUUCUAUUAAAUGGGGUACCAGAUGGUAGCAUUACUGGAGCUGAUAUUGGGUCAGAUCCACAGAGUUUGUUAUUUUCUCUUAGUAUGUCUAUAUCAUUAAAGUUAAGUAUCGGAGAUUCAGUGGUCAUCGUAAGCAGAGGCACAGAGAGCUAUAUUAUUAAAAUGCAAAGUGGCUUUUUUGGAAUAUUGGUUAAUAAAGGUGGAUCAACACGAGGAAUUUCAAGUAUACUUACAGCGCCAAUUGUUGAUUAUGGAGGAUCAUGGUUGACCAUUCCUAUACCAAUUCCGACAUCUGGUUAUGGACAAUUUCAAACGCCUAGCAACAGUGUAAAAAAUAUAUCAGAGGUAUGCACAGCACUAAAAAAUUAUUAUCUGAAAUAUUAUGGCAAAAUAAAUGAACUUCGACCACUAUUAAAAACACAUGCUAGUGUUGAUCUAAUACAAAAAUUUGUUGAUCUAUGUAUUGUUGAUGCAUAUAAUGCUCAAAUUGAUGUUGUUGGUAGUAAUGAACGAAAGCAAUUUCUUCAAAAGCAAAUGAGUUAUACACCAAUUCCAUAUAGUAAAGUAUUUAUGAACGAAAAAUCAGUAAUAUUAAUAUCUGGAAUAGCUGGUAUUGGAAAAACAUGGUUGCUCAGAAAGUGUUUGCUCGAUUGGUCAAAUAAUUUAAUUUGGAAUAAUGUUGAACUUGUGUUUUAUUUGGAAUGCAGGAGGCUUAAUCAAUAUCAAAAUGUUUCGAAUAUUAAUGAAUUACUAAAUGUUUUCUACAAAGAUAUUUUAAAUGAUUUUGAUAUUAGUAAGCAUACUACAUUGUUUAUAAUUGAUGGAUUAGAUGAAUUUAAAUAUUUAAAUGAAUUAUUAAAUCCAAAUUUAAGUUCUAACUUUCCGAUUGUUAAUGCUUUAGCAGAAAUUCAAAGUUAUAAACAUGUAGUUGCUGGUAGAGUUUAUGCAAUUGAUAAAUGCCAAAAUAUAUAUACAGAGCAUAUUGAUAAGUUAACCAUUCAAAUAAUGGGGUUUAACCAAGAUGGAGUUGAAAAUUAUGUAGAAAAUCAUGUUAUAGAAGAAAAAAAAGAAGUUGUUAAAGCAACUUUAAAGGAGUCUCCAAUUGCAAAAGUUAUGGCAACUGUUCCAUUUUAUUUAUCUUCCAUGUGUAAAAUUAUUAGUGAUUCAAGCAAAAUAUAUACAACUUCUUUCUUAACGAUGACAGAAUUGUAUGCAAAUAUUUUUUUAUACUUUUUGCAAAAACACAUUAUCAAAAACAAUGUAUUGGUUUAUGAAAUGAUGGCAAAUGAAAAUAAUAAGAAAUAUGUAUUAACCAUUUGUAGGAUAGCUUUUGAAUUGUUUAUUGAAAACAAAUUUGUGUUUUCAAAAGAAGAAGUUUUACUAUUUAUCAAUAACUUUAAUGAAGUUGAUGAAAGUCUUUUUGGUUUUAUUGAAAGGGUUGAAACACAUCUUGGUAUUUUUUACCAAUUCGCACAUUUGACUGUAAUGGAGUUUUGUGCAUCUGUAUAUGCAUACAAUUGUUUAAGCUUUGAAGAGAUUAUGGCCAAUGAGAAGCUGAAGAGUUGUUUAUCAAUGAUUUGUGGAUUAAGCAAUAAAAACCAAAAUAUUUUGUUAAAGUUUCUUGUUAACCUGAAUCCUUCUAAAAAAUCAAAAGAGGAGUCUUCACUUUUGAUUCCUAUUUUGGAUCGUCUAUCUAAAAGUAUUAAUUGUUUAUAUUAUGAUGAAUUCAAUUUUUUCUACGAAUGUUUUUACGAAAGUCAAUCGUCAUUCACUGAUGAAAUAAACUCAAUUGUUGAUGAACUAAAUAAACAAUGGUUUGGUUGGACGAUUUGGAUUAACGAUGGAAAAACUUCUUACGCAACUUCUUGCGAUAAUUAUUUCGUAAAUUAUUACAUAAAAUCUGGAAGAAAGUUAAGGUGGUUACGUGUUUAUAAAAAUAUUUUAAGUGAUGAAGAAAAAAAUCUUUUAAUUCGAUGUUCAACUAAUGUUCGCGAUGUCUGGUUUUAUCGUCCAAUUAAUUUCGAGGGAUGGAAACCGAAAGAUAAGAUUGAAGUGUUGUUGAUAUACAUCUCAGAUUAUUUAAUAACAAAAAAAGAUUUUGAAGAAAAUUUUCUUCCUUGGAUUAAUCUUUGUGAAGAAUUAGAACUUGAACUUCACGACGACAUUGAUUUCUUUAAAGACAUUUGUCAAUGGAUUCGUUGUUCGAACAUCAAGAAGUUUAAGAUCAAGUACCGUGGAAAAAAUUUUCGUAACCUUGAUGAAUUAACUUUAUAACGCGGAAAAAUGUUUAAUAUUUUAAAUAUAUAAAAUAAAAACAAUAAUUAUAAAAUAAUAAAUGAAAUAUU